AGGAGCUUUGAGCGCCGCGGAGGUGAAGUGCUGGUUGACAUGACUCGCGUAGCUGUUUGCCAUAUUCUUGCUAUUGACUUGCAUUUCUUGUCUAGCCAUGAUACAGCAGUCUUCGCAAGAGGUGAUAGAUGCAGCCACGUCACGAUUCAUACCGGCAGUAUAGGCGGUUCGACAUCUGUACUUUGUGAGCAGCAUGGCGUCAGUCCAAGCGCUCAGCGCCGCGGCGCAAGACCGCAAAGCCCGCCUCGCGCAGCUCAAGUCACUCAAGCGCAAGCAGCCCGACGCCUAUCAGGAGACGGAUGAGAACGCGCCAGCUCCAAAGUCACCGCGCCAUGACACUGCAUCAGCCGAAGCAGAUGUCGCGACGACUUACCUCUCUGGUAGAAACUACGAUGUAGAGACCAAAGGCCCAAGGCUAGGCUUCGAAACCGCACCUUCAGAGGGUCGAGAGACGCUGGAGAAGAAGGCUGCGGUACUGGCGGCGGAGAUCAAGAAUCAAGCAGAGGAAGAGGAGAAGGCAGAUAAGCCGCUGGACCUGUUCACCCUGCAGCCUAAGAAGCCGAAUUGGGACCUCAAGCGAGACCUGGAGAGGAAGCUGGAAAUACUGAAUGUGCGAACCGAUAAUGCGAUUGCACGUCUGGUCCGAGAGCGCAUAGCGAGCCAGCAGAAAGCGGCAAAGGCGAAGGUUGAACAGGCGAAUGGAGGUACGAACGGUACCACGCACCCAGACGGUGAAGGUGAGGAAGUUGGCAUCGAGGGUACGACUCUGGUGGAAGCCACUAACGUGCGAGAACGAGAGGACGAGGAGGAUCUCAGGCGAGAGAGGGAGGAGGAAGCUGAGUUGCUGGACGCAAGCUGAUGCCUCCGAGGUCAAGGACACCCUUCCACCGAUCUAAUGUUGCUCACACCUCAGUCGGCUUGCUGUAAUGUUUCAGCAUCCAACACCCGGCAGCCUCUUGGUUGCUCCUCGCUUCUGCAACACAGCGGCAC